UAUGAUUGGAGGCCACCAACUUCAAAACCUUAGUAGUACCUCACACCUCCCUUAAACGCACGUGUCGUUUGACCUUGACCCAACCCCAAUCAGUCCAUGCCUCAAAGAAGCUUCCGAAACCCCAGUCCUACUCGGAGUCUGGACUAAAAGCCCUAACCUCUCUCUUCGUCCUCUCUGACUGUAGCUAAUCAACCAACCAGCGAAGCAACAAUCUAUAGGGAAUAUCAUGUGCAGCUUAAGUGAAUUCGACAUAACCCGCCCCUUCAUUGUCGCAGAAUUUUCGUGAUGGGCAUUCUAUCAGCAUCCAUUGCUGACUUUUCCAAGCUGAUGUCGGACCUACCAAUUUAGACCGACGAAAUUAGGGUUUUCAGUUUGAAUUGAGAAAUGGUUUGAAGCUUAUGGAAUUUCUUGCAAUUGGGUGGGGGAUUUGAUUUUGAUGAUAGUGAGGAGUACCGGAAAUCAAAAUGCUGGUUGGUCGGAACUUUUCCCGGAUACACACUUUGGAGCUGAAAAUCCAGAUUGAAAAGAAGCUAGGGCGUGCGAAAGCAGAGAAAUACUUUGAUCUCCUUACCAAAUAUUUAAGUCUCAAACUUAGUAAAAACGAGUUUAAUAAACUCUGUAUAGACACAAUAGGAAGAGAGAAUGUGUUACUUCAUAAUCAACUCAUUGGAUCCAUUAUAAAAAAUGCAUGCCUUUCCAAGAGUCCCCCACCUAAACAGAGCAAAACAGAAGGUUCUUUAAAUGUUAAAGUAGCAAAUGGGUAUCAAAGGAGUAGUCUUCAGUCAAUAUGCAGAGAUGUGUUUCCUCAAUCCCCUCGAAAGGGAAGAACUCCAAGUCUUCGAGACCGCAAGUUCAGGGACCGUCCAAGCCCUCUUGGACCACAUGGGAAGAAUCAUAGUGUUGUAUGUGAAGAUACAGUGCCUAAAAUUCAAGAACAGCAAAGUGCUACUGAGCUGCUUUCCUUGGGCAGCAGACCCCCGGGUGAAGUGAAUUCAGUAGAAGAUGGGGAAGAGGUUGAGCAGGCCGCUAGAAGCCCAGGAAUCCACAGUAGGAGCCCUGUUACAGCUCCUCUUGGCAUCCCAAAGACUACAAAAGUGACAAGAAAAGUGCUGUGUAAUGAAGCACCGUCUGCUUUCCAAAUUGAGUCUUGUCAGAUCAUGGGUGAGCUACCUGAUACCCAUUCUCUGAGGAAUAGGUUGGAACAGAAAUUGGAGAUGGAGGGAUUUAAGAUCUCAGGGGAUUGCAUUAGCCUUUUGAACAACGGGCUGGAUGUUUUCCUGAAGAGAUUGAUAAAACCCUGUCUGGAAUUAGCCAGUUCAAGGUCUGGACAGAAGCAUCUAAGCCAAAAACACGGUCAUGUUGUACCUGGUCCAAAAGGGAUGUGGCCUGUGAGGUAUGUACAAAAACCAGCUGGAUCCAUUCCUGCAUCCAUCUUGGAUUUUCGUGUUGCAAUGGAGUUAAAUCCAUAUAUACUAGGGGAAGAUUGGCCAGUAAAACUUGAGAAAGUUUGCUUGCGCGCAUCAGGAGAAUAACUGAAACUGAUGGUUUUAAUGUGACCAUAAUUUCAGUUUUCCAAGCAUUGCUGAAGUACAUAAGAAGUAGAAGCGAUGGGAAGUUUUGGAACAAGGUGAUUAGGUUGUAAAUAAAUCUCAGCGCCAAUUAUUCCCAGGAUGGUAUACCGUCAGUGGUAUAAGAUAAACACAUCAACAGAAGCUGGCCAUUAUAAAUAGCUUUGUAGACUUCUUGAACUCAUAUCUAUAGUUUUUUCAUUUUAUAAUUUUGUUAAAUAAAACUUAUUUAUAGGGUUGCAAGACUUACAGUUGUUGAAUUUUUAGUGAGGUUGAAUAAAUUUUUCAUUUUGACAUAAUGUUGUUCAACUAUUUAUGGUUUUGAUGCUUUCUUACUCCCCUUCCCCCUGCACACAUGUGCUCUCUCACUGCAUGGUGGUCAUCUGUUAUGAAUCAUAAUGAUGUGCAUUUGUGUGCAAGUGUGCAUGUGUGUUUCUGCACUUUCUUUCCAGCAGUCAUCAGCUAUGCGAUCAAAAUGGACUUGCGUCAACGCUGUCUAAAAAGGCUGGUCCCUUGAUCAAUAGAGUGUGAAAUGGGCAUGAAGCUCUUUGUUUUUGGCCUGAGUCAAUACAAGUGAAGGUUCUAUCUUUUAAUGCGUUCUCUGGCAAACGUACAAUCUUUCAACAUAUUCUCUUGGCUGGACUUGUCAAUACCCACUGCUGUACAAAUUUGUUUAUGGUUGAUUUCAGAGGUACCACUUUCUCAUGUUUUGUUGAUUUUUCACUGGUGCCAUUUGGUUUUGUGUAAAGUUUGUUUUUUGAUUAUUAUCAUUCUUGAAAUUUGCUUGCUCAUUUGUGUUCCUUGCAACCCUAUGUAGUUGGAAAUAAGGCAGGCCUGCAGUCUGGCAGUAGGAUAAAAUAUUGAUUCGAAAAAAUUCUUCAAGGCUUUCAUGUCAUUUAUCUAUCAUCUUACUCUGGAAAUGAAACAUACUGAAAUGGGUGGACAACUAGAUGUGAUACACCUGUCUGGAGCUCUGAUGCCUAUCCUUCAAAUAAGACUUCUGAGUGCAGAGGAAGUAUGACACUCAUUGGCACUGAAAGCAAGCCACGGGAUUCUUAUUCUGAUUGGGUGCUGCUUUUCUCCCUUCUUUUCUUGAUUGGCAUAUUAAUAAUUAAAGCAUGAAUAAAUAACAAGCUUGGAAGCUAUUCCAAUGAUCUUACACCUUUUCAAUAAUUUUAAGCAAAUUUCAUCGUUGAAAUGAGUCUCAAGGGUGCAAGUACUAACUGGUUCUUGGGAUAUUGAGGAGCACAUUUUGGAGACCAUUCCCAUGGUAUUAUUAUUCUAUAUUAAUUAGAACAUUGGGCCCUGGAAGAGGGGGAAAUGGCUAGGAGUAAUGGUAGGGUUUCUAGCUUGGGAUCAAGGAGAGUUGUCCUACUAUGCAUUGGGUUUGCAAGGUUUUUUGGGUACACUCAAAUUCUACAUUUUGGCGUCUUAGCAAGGAGCAUGUUGGAGGAUUUUUUAAAUGGUGCAAUGCUCUUUGUGGAGAGACUUAACUAUAGUCUAUAGGGUCUUACUAUUGAUAUAUUUUUGGAUUCAGUAGGGAUUUCAGCAGGUGUUUCUUUUCUAGAUUUACUGGAACUGUUUUCAUGUGGUUCCCCUUCCUAUAGCUCCACAAAAUAGGAUCCUCUUUGUGCUCAUGGGGCUUGCUCCUUUCUAUUUCCUUAUUAUAAAAAAAAUAUUACAUAUUUUUUAGAAAACAGAAAUGAGGUUAUUUAUUAGGUGGUGUUAUUAGAUACUCUAAUCAUGAAAGACCAGCUAUCAUCAAUCAACUUAACUAGCAUAGUUGUUAAGCUGAUGAACAAAGGAAUUUAUCAUGUUUGUUUGUGGUUCCUUCUCUGCAUGUUUCUAAUUUUUUAUGGUUAUAUUUACCCUUUUUUUUGGUAUGAGACAAAUAGGAUUAUAAUGUUAAUGCCCAGGCACCAUGCUGAUUUAAAGAAAAACGCAACCCAGGAUUUAUGAGUCACUUUCACUGGUCCCGCUGCUUUAUGCCACCUUUGUUUUCCAAUGAGAAGAUGUCAAAAGUAUGGCUCUUAUAAGGUUUGUGGUCAUUAGGAGUCAGUUCUUCCUUGUACCAGUUUCCAGAACACCACCCUCAGCAUUGGAAAUCUAUAAUUUCAGCUGACUGAAAUGCAUGUCCUAUUUUUUGCUUGUAAAUAAUGUUUCUAGUAUAUUCAUUGCUCUGUACUGUGCCAGCAAAUGGUCAUUCAUUUCUAAAGCUUCCAGUUUUUAUUCUUGAUGGAAUAGCCAGAUGAUAUGAUCUAAGCAUGAUGGUUUGUUGCUUAUAUGCUUUACUGGUUCAAGUUUCAACUAUCCCUAUUUGAUGUGAUGAUAUGUUCAGAUAGAACUUUUCAUGCUCCUUCAUACAUUUUGGUAACUAUGACUUUACUGUUCAUUUUGAGUUCAAGAUGGAAAUUUAUGAUGUAGAAAUGGAAAUAGGUCUACUUGGGAAUCAGCAUUGAACUCUCAGGUUAAGUUGUAGAUUUUUUUGUCCAAAGUGCCCUUUUCUUUUCUCAAAAACAUGAGAGCUCAAUUAUCUUGGGUAUGAAACCAAUUUUUCAAUUUUUGUUUCUCAUUUAAGUGUGAUUUCAAUAAAGCUGCUGCUUAAAACAGUUUGGCUUUCAUUUAAAUCCACUUUUUCGAUAUAUAUAUAUAAGUUAUUUUCUGUUGUUACAGGUUGGCGUUCAGAAGAACUUCUGAAAGUACGCCUUUAAACUGCUGUUAUGAAAUGCCGUUGAAAGAAAUUCUGAAAUUAUUCUGAAACUGUUGCUAAGAAGUGUGAUUUAAAGAAAUUCCAAAAGCUCUUUAACACUCGAGCAAUUUGUUAUAACGCACUUGUUUUCCUAAGUGUUCUGAGCAUAGAGUUUUAAAUUUUUAAAAAGCUCUUUAAACCACACUUUGUAGCAAAGGGCUUGAGAAAAAUGUAAGAAACACUUCUUGAAACAGCAGUUUUAAAUUUUUAUUUAAGUACUUAUGCUCAGUUUGCCAAUGGUUGUCAUUUGAAACAAUGGAUCUUAAUCAGCUGUUCAAAUUUUCUAGUAAUGUUUGAAAUAUAUUUGCAACAUAUCAUCUGUUCCUAUGCAGUAUGAACGAAGUUUGUGCACCUAUAAAUAAGGAGAAAAAAAUAAAAAAAGAAGAGAGAAAAAGGAAAGCAUAGGUUCUGGGGUGAAAAACUCUCUGGUUGUGGAUUGACAUUAGCCUGAAGAAAAGGAUAAUGAUAUCUCUGCCAUAUAUGUAAUAUUAAUUUAAUAUAUCUUCCUUUGACAUAUUAGAUUUAGCUUUCUAACUUAUAACAAAGUUUCUGAUUGGCACUAAAUAUGUUGUGAAUCAACAGGCUCCCAUGGAGUGCAUUGCUGCAGGUCUUGAUAAACCAGGUAAGAGAACUUGAUCGGUCUCUCCACUCCUUAACCACCCUGUUUUUCUUUUGUGUAAUGGCAUCCUUACAGAGAUUGUGACCCUAAAGUAGUUAGGUCGAUUUGAUUAUCAUGGUAUGGUAGAAAAUCUUUCAGAGGUCUUGAAUCUUGGCUCAAAAUUAUAAUACUUGCAUCAAACUUCUCAGCAAAAAGGGGUUUAGCUUCUGACCAGCUUUUUCUUUGCUACAUGGAGCUUGUAUCUUUGACAUCUCUUAUCAAAACUUCAAUAUCAAUUAUGAAAGCGGUUAGAAAUCAUCACUUGCGCAUAUGUAUGGUUCUUCUUCCAUGUUGAUUUUCCUUGAGCCUGACUUGCUUCACAAGUAAUGUAUUGACCGAGUAUCACGCCCUUGCCCGGCUUCACAAGAUAGAAAUUCUAUUAAUGUUGUGGCCAUGCCCUGCUUACAAGGUGUAAAUUAACCAAGCUUAGUGGGUUGCCACACUAAGAAUACAUGCGAUUUUGAUUAAGUUCAAUCUUUACGCAGAUCAUUUAUGGGGCGAUUACACUUGCCUUCUGUCAAAUUAUGUGACAUUUGACAAUGAUAUGUGUUUAUUAUGUUUGACAAAUUUGAGUGCUCUGGUGUUUUUGGUUGCACGACUCCUACUGAUGUAAACCAUUGGUCUAAUGUCUCUGUGUACUACAACUCAACUAUGUCCUUUACUAUAAAACAUUAAUGAAAGAUGUCGAUAUGUACAGCUUUUUCCAAUAUCAAAACCCGUGGAAGACGAACUAUCGGAUAGGGUUGGACUUGGAGAAAAUGAUUGGAUCAGCUAUCUCUAUAUAAAAUUAAGAGAUUAUAUAUUUCUAUGCUGUUGGAGGGUUCUCGGUGGUGAUGAUGAUCUAAUUUGAUGUGUCGGCAACACUAAAAUAUGAUUUGUGAAUUUGAGUACAUCGGCUUAAUCAUGUUAAAAGCUGAAUUACUUACUUGAUCAAGGACAUGAUGAUACCCAAAAUAAGAAUUGGUUUGUAUUGGAGUCACAUGUCGAUCAGAUGAGGGUGACAUAAUCAUUGAAUGUAGAACCGAACAUCGUCAAUCAUGAUGGGAGGAUCAAUCUAAUUCACGUGGUCUGAAUCAAAAUGGGGCUAGAACAGGUUUUGAACACGGUAGGUAUUUAAGGAUCAGGAUAUUUUUGUAAAUCAAGCAAUUCAAUUCCAAGACACGACAUGUUUUGAUCGGAAUGUGUAAUAGUCCUUAUCAACUGCUGAUACUAAUCAUUUCUCCAUCGAAGUCGUGUCAAAGACACGUUGGAUUCAACUUUAA